AUGCUCAAAGCAGAGUGGGAAUCAUCUCCAAAUGAUCCCUGCAUUCGAUCAUACUUCGUCAACCGUGACAAACUUACCAUCGCUCCUACUGAAAACGGAAGCAUUCUACUCUUUGAAAAUCGUCUCAUCAUACAGAAGACAGUUGUAGAACUUGCGCACGAGGGUCACCAAGGAAUAGUGAAGACAAAGCAACUAUUACGAGACAAAGUAUGGUUUCCUGGAAUUAACCAGCUAGUCGAAGAGAUCUGUAAGAAAUGCAUACCCUGUGCUGCUAGUACUCCAACAAAACAGCACGAACCACUACAGGUGACAAAAAUACCUGAUGAACCCUGGUCUCGUGUUUCUGCUGAUUUUUGUGGUCCGUUUCCAACAGGAGAGUUCCUAUUGGUUGUGAUAGUUGACCAUUCAAGAUACCCUGUGGUAGAAAUACUGCGAUCUACAUCUGCCAGAUCUGUAAUUCCUCUAUUUGACAAAAUUUUCUCAUUGUUCGGAAUACAAGAAGAACUGAAAACGGAUAAUGGCCCACCAUUCCAAAGUUUUCAAUUCAGACAGUUUGUAGAACAAUUAGGAUUCAAACACCAUAGGAUCACACCACUAUGGCCGAAAACCAAUGGAGAGGCUGAGAGAUUUAUGAGAACCCUAGGCAAAGCCAUCAAAACAGCCCACAUAGACUCCAAGAAUUGGAAACAGGAAAUGUUUACAUUUCUGAGAAACUACAGGGCAACACCCCCAUAG